AUGGGAACUGAAAAAGGUGCUUUCCUGGGUGAUGUAGAUGAAGAAGGCUGGAAGUUACGAACAUGCGGCGGUCUGUAUCGAGCAGCCAUGGUUCAUGGAAGUGCAGAUUGCAGCGUGGCGAGUAUCAGUGGAGCUGCUGCUGCGGUGGAGCGCCUGCUGCGGUGGAGAGACUGCUGCGGUGGAGCUGCUGCUGCUGUAAAGCUGGAGGCUGCAGGGCGGGAUCUGCAGGUGUCGGGGCUGAAAGCUAUGGAGGUCGAUAAUUGCAGUGAUUGCAAAACUUUGCUCAAAUUCAAGGAGGAGCUGACAAGUGAUCCCGAAGGUCAUCUUCAAACUUGGAACGAAGCCAAUCCCUUCUGCAACUGGACUGGAAUUACAUGCCACCAACGUCUCCAAAACCGGGUUAUAGGCCUUGAACUGAUAGAUAUGGGCUUGCAAGGAAGGAUAUCACCAUUCAUAUCCAACCUCUCUCUUCUUACCAACCUGUCUUUACAGAGCAAUGGGUUCUAUGGACAAAUUCCAUCUUCCUUGGGAUUACUUAAAGAGUUGGCAUUUCUGAAUGUAAGCUCAAACAAGCUUGAAGGUAGCAUUCCAGGUUCAUUACAUGGUUGCCAGAGCUUGAAAGUCAUAGACUUGAAUGACAACAAUCUAUCUGGUGUUCUCCCUAAAGAACUCGGCUGGAUGAAGAAUCUAACAUACUUGGCUCUCUCCUUAAACAAUCUCAGUGGACUGCUUCCAGCCUCACUUUCAAACUUGAAGGAAUUGACAAAACUACAACUGGCCGUCAACUAUUUUACUGGAAAGAUCCCACCAGAGCUUGGAGCAUUAAGAAAGCUAGAAAUUUUGCAUCUCCAUACAAACUAUCUCGAAGGCUCAAUACCUGCAGUAAUUGGUAACUGCACUGCUUUACGCGAAAUCUCGCUGCUUGAGAAUAUGUUAAAUGGAGAAAUCCCUUCAGAUAUGUUUUCUAAACUCAAGAAUAUGCAGAAAAUGUACAUGUCAAACAACAAGCUUUCUGGGAGAAUUCCAGUGACCCUCACCAAUCUUUCACAGCUGAUACUGUUUGAUGUUAGUUUGAAUAAUUUAGAGGGAGAAGUUCCUGCAGGAUUGGGCAAGCUAGAGAACCUUGAGAAUUUCUACUUACAUACCAACAACUUGGGUCAUUGGGUGGCGGCUCUGGUAAUUCUUCUCUCAGUUUCUUGACUGCUCUAACUAACUGUUCAUAUCUGCAAAAACUACACUUGGGUUCGUGUUUGUUCACUGGAAAUCUACCAUCUUCAAUAGGUGACCUUUCAAAAGACCUCUAUGUUGGCGUGAGUCAUACUUACCUUAUUUAUGUAGAUAUUCUGUAAUAUUCUGUGAUAUGUAAUAUUAUGUAUAAAAGAAAAUGACAGAAGAGCUUUUUGUAUAUAUGUGCCUUAUC